AUGGAUAGUCACAGUGGGCCAUCGGAUAACGGCAAGCAACAACCAGCCGCCAAAAAGGAAGGAACUUCUGAUCGGAGUGCCAAUCCAAGCUCUGUGACAAUUCCGCCGAUUCGUUUGCCGAGAUUUUUAGGGGAAUUUAUUGGCUUCGAACAGUCUGAAGUUGAUGAGCUCACCAGAAUUGAGGCGGCUACUGGUUCGCAAACCUAUCCAGCAAUCCCAGGGCUUAUUGAUACAAUCCUUCCGCCAGAUUAUCGCUCCCUGGCUGCUGUUGGGCACAAUGGGAACGCGGAAGUCCGUACACCUUUGAAUCUACUUCCACCAUUUAUUAAUACACCAAACCCUCCGCCGAAUUACCCCGUUUCAUCAGCUAUUAAUCAUAGUGGAACUUCAGCACUUGGCAUGAUAUCUCGAGCAGACAUGCCAGCUACCAGGCCAUUAUUUAUUCCACUAAAUUAUCCACUUUGUCCCGCUCCACCAGCUGUCACUCAAAAUGCAGCAAUCAGGAUGCCACCAGUUUACGAUUCAAGAGUUCCUCCACCAAAUUACCCGACUUAUCCCGCUUCAUCAGCUGUCAACCACAAUGAGACAUCAGGAUAUGGCACGGCGCUCCAAGCAACCACACCAGCUACUAAUCCAACACUUUCUUCUGCAACUUCUCAGACCUCUCCCGCUUCAUCAGCUGUCAACCACAAUGAGACGCCAGGAUCUGGCACGGCGCCCCAAGCAACCAUACCAGCUGGCAAUCCAGAACUGACUUCUGCAAGUUCCGAAACCUGUCCCGGUACAUCAGCUGUCAACCACAACGAGACACCAGGAUCUGACACGGCGUCCCAAGCAACCAUACCAGCUGGCAAUCCGGAACUUACUUCUGCA